AGGAAGACAAUCUAUCGGAUUCACGUUGUAGCCCAUGCUUACAUUCACGUUGGCAAGUGAACGUACCUCUAGUGAAGAAGUAUAUUCCCCUUUAUAAAAAGUGACAUAAAUUCACAGAUUUUAGCUAACAACAAUGGGCGGACAAGCAAAAGCUAAAAAGAAAAACAAAGCUAAAAGAAAAGACACUAAACCAACUGGAGGUGCCUUGAUGUCACCACAGGAGAGAAUGCAAGCCAAGAUGCAGGAAAGAGCCAAAAAGAAAACAUCUGAAAAAUACACGACUGAUCAACUAAUUGAAAAGACUGAAGAGUGUAUAGACAACUUUGACUUUGACAUGGCCAGGCUGUACUGUCAGCGAGCGCUGGAUAUUGAACCCACUAACCUGACCCUCCUGGACAUGAUGGGGAACAUCUGCACUGAGCUAGGAGAUACAGAGAAAGCUAAACAGGUGUAUUUGAAGGCUGUGGAGCUCAGUCCAGAGGAGGGCCACAGUAAGUACAUGUACCUGGGGCAGAUUCACACAGGCAUGGAGGCUGUACAGUACUUCAGUAAAGGAACUGAGGUCAUGCUCAAUGCCAUGGACAAACACGCCAAUGAGGCUAGUGCAUUCGGAGCGGCUGCAUUCCCAUCUGAGUGUGCCGUCACAAAGAAGGACGUGUCUGUGGCCUUCUGUUCCAUCGCUGAGAUCUUCUUCACAGAUCUCUGCAUGGAGGAGGGCGCUGCUGAUCGUUGCAAAGAGGCCAUCGACAAAGCUUUACAGUACAACGAGCACAACCCUGAAGCACUCCAGUUGAUGGCCAGCUACCUGUUCAGCAUCGAGAAAAGUGAGGAGGGGCGUGAGUACCUGAAGAAGAGCUUGUCGUCAUGGUUACCUAGCCUACAGAAAGAGGAAGAGUCUUUGGCGAGCACAGAGCAUGACAUGGAGGAGGAAGAAGAUCAGAAUAAGAGCAACAUCCCACCUUAUGAAUCCAGAAUAACAACAGCCAAACUGCUGAUCGAGGUCGAGGAGUAUGAGAUGGCCACAGAGGUGUUAGAGGAUCUUCUGGAGGAGGAUGACGAGGUUGUGGAGGUGUGGUAUCUGUUGGGAUGGCUGUUUUAUUUGCAGCUGGACAAACAAGACUUGACAAACAACGGUGUGAACUUCAGAAAAUCAGCUUGGACGUACCUUAGCAAGGCCAAAAAGCUAUAUGUGAAGCUGCACUGUGAGGACGCACCCAUGUUUGAGCAUACGGAGCAGCUGUUAGCAGAGCUGGGUGGUGAAGAGCAUGGGGCUGAUGAUGAUGAUGAAGAUGGACCAUCUGUAGACAACAUUGAGGAUGAUUUUAUUCAAAGCAGUGAUGAAGAUGAUGAUACCAUGGAUCACUGACUCAACGUUUUUCACUUGUUUAUUCUAAUUGUCAUCCAUGGACUCGUCCAAUCAGAAUGUUAAACUGAAAGCAGAUGGCUGCAUCUUCACAGUUUCCUCAAUCUUCUGUCUACCAGUUACUUUUUUCUCCCCUUCUAUUCCGGUUUGAUAUGUCUGACUAAAGCUGGGAUGUAUUUUCUUUUUGCCUUGUUUUUUUGCAUGCUGAGACUCGAACCAUCAGGACAUCUGUCACACUGAUCUGGACACUGAUCAAGAUGCUGUUUCAUAAUAACUUAGUUCAUUUAUUUUUUGCUGUUUUAUAAAUGUUACACAGCGCUAACAGUAUCAGAAUAAAAAAAAUCAAAGUAAAGGCAUUUCUAAUUCCAUUAAAAUAUAUAUCCAUCUAUUUUUGCUUUGUUUUAACGUAUGUUAUAUGGAACGAGAAAUGCAUUGAGGAACUGAUUUAUUUUAAAAACAAACAGCUAAAUGGCAAUACACAUGUUGAUGUUUCCUUGAAAUGAUGAUGGUGUGAAAACAUUAUCUCAUUCUGACUUCAUUAUGAUUUAAGCUCUUGUGUGAACAUAAGUCAUAAUCCAGAAUCUGUACAAUGAACCCACCAGCUGGAAGACAUUUCAUCUCUCAGCAUACUUGAGUGUUUGUUAAUGUCAUUCCCUUAAUGAUGAACUUAAGGAUCAUUUUGGUUAUGGAUGUGCAAAAAUUGUUUUGUUUAUCCUGAUGCAGACCCCAGACAUGUGGCAUUAUAAUGCCACCAUCACAAUACAUUAUUAUAAUGAGCCUUGAUGUUUGUUUGUUUUGUAUUUUCCGAUGGUCUCUGUCUGUCUUCCAGUUUUCACAGAGAACCGUUUUUAUGAACUGCUUCAGUUUUUCCCAUCAAAUAUUUCAGAGACCCUAGAACAAGCCUCCUGAGUUCAAACGAGACAUUUGGUUUCAUUUUGUGAAUCCUAAGCAAAUCUCAUAAUCCGAUCACACGAGGCCUGCCGGUUCCCAGCCCUAAUGAAGAUUCUCGUUUUAAUUAAGCUUAUGGACUUUUAGCCUCUCAGAGAUGGAGAGUCUGGAUGAAAUAUAGUCAUAUUUUGACUAAACCAUCUUUUUUUUUUUUUGCAACAAAAUGUCAUGUGCCCAUAAAACAAGUAUAACCCAUUUUUUAUAUACACUACAGUUCAAACGUUUUGGGUCAGUAGGAUUUUUUUUUUUUUUUUUUGAAAGACACCUCUGUGCCUUCCGAGACUGCAAUAUAUUUAAUCAAGAACACAGUAAAAACAGUAAUAUUGUGAAAUAAUAUUACAAUUUUUUAAAAUCUUUUUGAAUAUAUUUUAAAAUUUACUUUAUUCCUGUGACAACAAAGCUGAAUUUUCAGCAACCAUUACUCCAGUCUUCAGUGUCACAUGAUCCUUCAGAAAU